AUUGUGCUGCAUUAAUUAAAACCCCAAAACAUUAAAAUCAACGAAUCAAUUACAUUGGCCAAUAACAAUAUGGAAAACAAAUCAAAUUAUCUACUGGGAUUUUUACAACACAAUAACAACAACAACAACAUCAACCAAAUACAACUACAACACAAAUAAUAUAACAAUAACAACUUCUGUGUGUAACCAAUUGAGAAACGUAUCGGAUAAUAUUGGCGUCAAUCCACAACUAAAACAAAAAAAAAUGCUUGAACAAAUUAAAAACUAUACAAAAAUGAAUUCUUGCAAAAUAUAUACUAAAGUCUUUGGUACGACUUCGUUCUCGUUGACGGUUGAAGGCAUGGGUCCAUAUCCGUUAAGCGAUAGCACCAAUCUCUUGGGUCCAACGUCAACUAGUUAUGCGGGCGGCGGGGUCGGCGUGGCCGGCUCCACGGCUUGCUAUACAAACUACGGUACAAAUAUACAAACGCCAGUUCCUAAUCGUAAAUGCUACUACCAAGACUCUGACUAUGGGCGAGACGAUAGCUUUCGCAGGCACUCGGCGCAUGGAAGAAUGUCAUUACGCAAGUGAAAGCGAACUUGGGAGCAACCUAAAGUAACAAACAGAACGAAUUGGCUAAGUAAACAAUAUCUGAAACAAAUCACGUUUGAAAUACAAAACACUACACUAAGUGCCAAUAAUGCGCCUAAAAGUACACUUCAAAAUAACAGAACAGUCGAAUGCAUAAGCCGAAUGUAUUAUUUUCUAAAUAGUUUCGUCCAGCUUCAUAAGCGUUGCACAGUUUUGGGCGCAAAAUGAGUCUUUUGAAGAUUCGAAACUUUUCAGAAAAUAACUUUGUGAAGUGCUUUGACAAUUCAAUAAACAUCUUUCAUUUCAUUUACAUGAAUCAUUCAGCUGCUUCAGUUUUUUUAGGCUGCAUGAGUUUUUCUUGGAACGUAUGCCAUUAUAAAUAAAAAAUACCUAUGCGCAUGUGUAUUAUUGGCAUGUACUCUAUUGGAUGCACUGUUAGCAUUAACCACUUAAACCA